GUACAGUUGUUAGAAGCAGCAGUAAAGGAGUCUUGUGACGACCAGUAUAUUAACUCUGUAUUAACAGCUGUGUUCACAAUGGAUAACAUUCAAACUCAACGUCUUCUGAACAUUUACCAAGAGAUGAUCAAGGGUUCGUUUGGAGACAUUCAGGUGGUUUGUGAUGAUGGGUCAACAACCGGAAAUUGCCUCAUUCUCGGAGCACUGUCGCCUUACUUCCAGACUUCGCUUACUUCAGACAUGACAGACAGUGGGACGGGUGUCCUGCAUCUUCACUAUAUGAGUCUGUCAACAUUCCAGAACAUUCUCAAAAUGUAUUUCUACAACUUCAAUACUGCCAAGUUGAUGGAGUUUGAUUACAUGAAACAAAUGUGUAACAUCUAUUUGAAGGAAAGUCUCGUACUCACUCCUGAAAAUUGUCUAACUUGGUGGAGAACCUUGAAAAUCUAUAACUUCUUUGAUUUGUCCAAACGGGCUUUUUCCUACUUAACUGAUAACAUUGCUGAUUUUCUUAACACACAAAAUGUUGCAGAGCUGUCAAAGGCAGAACUUGUUGAAAUUAUUUCAAACGAUGACUUGAAAUGUAAAAAAGAAGAUGACAUUUUAUCAAUUAGCAAUGGUGUGGAUUGAACAUAAUAACCUGGAUGCAGAUGACGUCCGGGUUAUUUUUGAAAAUUUGCGACUGGAUAUGGUUGAUCAGCUAUUUCUGGUUAAUGAGGGCGUGGUUUCUAAGAAUACCUCGGUGCAGAAAAUGAUACACAAGGUUUUAUGUUCAGCUCUGCCACAAACUACAAGCACAGCGAGGUUUAAGACCAAAUGACCUGAUGUGUUCGUACUUCACCAUAAGGGCAACUUACUUCUGUCUUGUUUCACGUCAGAACAGAAAUGGGAAGACGUCCCACCAGCCCCAGUAGAUCCUGGAAUGAAUUAUUCAGCAACAAGAUUGGACGACAAUAUUUACAUCACUGGUGGUCGUAUCCAAAUAAAAUGUACACUAGUGUAUGACACCAUUAAAAACGUGUGGAUCGUAAAUCCAGAUCUGAAUUAUGGACAUAAGAUGUACUGCUCAGCCACAGCUUGUUCUGAAGUGCAUGGAAUAAAGAGUUGGAAAACCAGUGUCAUAGAAGAAUGGAGCGAGAGUGUGGCGCACUCGCAGAUGGUAGGAGAUUUGGGAUUGGAAAGAUGUAUGGCUUUUCCUGUUACAGUUGGUGAAAACAUCCUCAUUAUCGGAGACAGAACAAACUAUGGCUUGUCAGUUGUCACCAAGUAUUUC